CAUAAUGUGCACCAUGAACUGGAAGGAAGUGGUGCUAAUUGGACUGGAGCUGGUAUCAUACUUCAGUGCCUGUACAGCUUUUAUUAUGCUAAUGAUUUACACACUGGAAUUGUUUCCAACAUGCGUGAGGAACGGAUCCUCGUCGAUGAGACAAGAGGUGUGGCGCUUAGUGAUACCAUGGAUGAACAAGAAGAGAAAGAACAGCUUGAAGCACCAAAAACUAACCUCUAUUCACCAAUCAAGAUUUUACUCGUGAGAAAAUGGGCUCUUCAAAGAUUGUUAAUUGUGAUGCUAACAGGUUUUGGCAUUGGAAUUGUGUAUUACAGCAUGCCAUUAGCAGUGGGAAACCUGGGCUUCAACAUCUACUUGAGUGUUGCAUUCAAUGCUUUAGCUGAAAUACCAUCAUAUAUCAUCUUUUCCUUUAUCGUAAGCAAAUGGAGCAGAAAGGGAUCUCUUCUUGCAUUCACUACAUUAGGUGGCAUUUGCAGCAUAAUGUGCAUCAUGAACUGGAAGGAAGUGGUGCUAAUUGGACUGGAGCUGGUAUCAUACUUCAGUGCCUGUACAGCUUUUAUUAUGCUAAUGAUUUACACACUGGAAUUGUUUCCAACAUGCGUGAGGAACGGAGCCUCGUCGAUGGUAAGGCAAGCACCUGUAUUUGGAGCUGUGUUUAGCCCAAUUCUAAUUUCUGCUGGGAGAAGUAACAAGGUCUUGUCAUACGGGGUGUUUGGCUUGGUGAUCUUGUGCUCUAGUGUGUUUGUUUUCUGUUUGCCAGAGACAAGAGGUGUGGCGCUUAGUGAUACCAUGGAUGAACAAGAAGAGAAGGAACAGCUUGCUAUGUAA